CUUCAACCUUUACUUUUACAGAACUGCUUCAUCAUUUCCUUCUCAGCUGUACCUUUUACUCUAUUAAUUUCAAAGAUAAGUUGUUUAUGACUGUUGUUGUCCAAGUGUGACUUCUAUUUCGGAGAAGUUGAACUCAUCAUGGAUCAUCACUCACCAUGACGUAGAUGUGAUGAGCAGCCUCAUGUGAAGAUGUUGCCAACCAGGAUGAUACAAAAGGGCAUAAUGAAAAAACUAGUGGACUACAACAGCUGCACAGGAGCAAUGACCUUUAUGUUACAGAUAGGUGUUUUCUAUUCCUCUAAGUGUUUCUAAACAUUUUAGAGACAAUCCAGAAUGUUCAGACGGUGGCUGCUGGCUCUGAUGGCCCGUAUCAGUCUCAUCACAUUGGGCCUCUGCUGCUUUCUGCUGCUCUUCUACCUCCUGGCCUGUAAACCUUCAUCUCACAGCAAACACCCUUCUCUGCUGUGGUCUGGAGGAGCCACCAGUAAGGAGGGGUACAUGGCCUUGCUGCAGGAGGGAGAAGACUCUCACAGACACUACAUUAGCAGUCUGACGAAGCAGAUAGCGGAGCUGAAGGAGGCUCUGGAGGAGAGGACUCAGCAGCUUCAGGAGUCCCUGGAGAAGGCUAAAAGUAAAGGGAUUCUCCCUCAGGGUCUAGAGAGUCUUCACAAAACCCCAACAAAGUCUGACCUCAAGGAGUUCUUCCGCUCCCAGCUGAACCAGGCUGAGGUGAAUUCAGGUCUGGAGGUGCCCAAUGAAUAUGCGCUUAUCCCUUUCGACACAUUCACCCUGCAGACGGUUUACCAGCUGGAAACGGGGCUGACGAAGCACCCGGCUGAGAGGCCCAUGAGAAGAGACCACAGAGACGAGCUAAUCGGGACAGUGGAGAUGGCUCUGCAUGUCCUCAAUGGACCCCAGCAACAACCAGGCAACCCCAGGAGGAAACGCUCGUACUCCCCUUCAGACUUCAUACAGGGGUUGACUCGCACAGAAAGGAGCAGAGGGACUGUCUAUGAGCUGAUGUUCAAAGAUGACAGCCCACAGGAUUUCGCUCAGCUCGUCCUUUUCAGGCCAUUUGGGCCUUUGAUGAAGGUGAAGAGUGACAGUGUGAAUACAGCCAGCAUUAUCAUCAACAUAAUCGUCCCGCUCUCCGGGAGGGUUUAUGCCUUCAGGCAGUUUGUCAACAACUUCAGAGAAGUUUGCAUCCAACAAGACGGCCAGGUUCACCUCACUGUGGUCUACUUUGGUCGGGAUCAGAUUGACCAGGUGAAGGCUGUGCUAGAUCAGACCACCAGGGAGACUCGGUUCAGAGGUUUCACCCUGAUCCAGAUGAAUGAGGAGUUUUCUCGUGGCCGAGGCCUUGAUGUGGGUGCCAGGGCCUGGAGACAACGGCAGAACGUCUUGCUCUUCUUCUGUGAUGUUGACAUCCACUUCACAGCAGACUUCUUGACUUCUUGUCGUUUGAAUGCAGAAGCUGGUAAAAAAGUGUACUACCCUGUGCUCUUCAGCCAGUACAACCCAUCCAUCAUCUACAGUAAUCACACACUCCUACCUUCUAUAAAACAACAGCUGGUGAUAAAAAAGGAAAAUGGAUUCUGGCGGGACUUUGGAUUUGGCAUGACAUGCCAGUACAGAUCCGAUUUCAUUAACGUUGGUGGGUUUGACCGCAGCAUCAGAGGCUGGGGGCUGGAGGACGUCCACCUGUACAGGAAGUACCUCCACAGCAAGCUGAUGGUGGUUCGAGCUCCGUCCCGAGGCCUUUUCCAUCUGUGGCAUGAGAAGAGCUGUGCAGAUGAGCUUCCUCCAGACAAGUACAAGAUGUGUAUGCAAACCAAAGCCAUGAGCGAGGCCUCGCACGGCCAACUGGGGGAGCUCUUAUUCAAAGAGGAGAUAGAGCUCCAUCUGAACUCCCAGAAAAAGAUCAAAGAGAUCUGAUGAGGACCAUCAGACAACAGGAAGCUGUAAUCAAAUGUGUUUCAGUAAAGUAGAAUUUGGAAUUAAUGUUGUAUGUUAGAGUCCCUAAACCUUUGUUUUUCCUAAUAAAAAGUAAAACGCUACACAGAUUUUUAUUUACUGUGUUAGGAGAAGAAGUGGCUUACUAUAGGUUUCUACUUCUUUCCAUUCCUUUGAGUAGGUGAAUAUUGUAUAUUAGUACAUAUUGCUAUCUGUAGUUACGUUCAAUAAAAAUUUUAAAUGAAAUGAAAUGAAA